GCUGUAUGCCAAAUUACUUAACAUGUAAACUUUUGUUAUAAGGGUGACCAGUCAGCUGAAGGAAGCAUAGCCAGUGGCCAGGGAUGAUGGAAAUUAUAGUCUAAUGACAUCUGGACAAUCUCAAGUCUCUCUCUCCCUCUCUCUGUCUUGCACAAGAAGUUCCUUAUAUGGUUUAUGGCUCAUCCCACAUGAAAAAAUAAGGAAACUGGGAGCUUUAACGUCAUUCUGGGGUGUUGACAUGUUGACCCUGCUUUUGUUCACCAAAACUGUAAAUCAGGCAGGAUAGAAAGUGCCUUUCAGCUGUUGUUAUCCAGGAGCAAUCACCAAUUGUAGUGAUUUUUUUUAAAAAUCUGCAUCUGUUGAAGAUUGGUGGCAUAUUUUCUUUCAAAUGAAGAAAGGGAAUACGAGAGGGAGAGAAACCAGGCAUAGGAUGCGGAGCCCAGUUAAAAUCCUCCCUGCAGAACUGAUUUAAAACAUCUGUCCUGCUUCGCAGUGAAAUGACUUCAAGUUGCAGGCAAACAAUUCACGUUUGGUCAAAGGCACUUUUUAAAAUCUAAAAGGAAGCAAUUGAAGCAAUAAAGACCAGUGGAAGCCCUCGUGAUCUAUGCCCUGUGAAGCUCACCAUGAGGCUGCAGUCUUGCCCUCCGCUCCGUGUGGGGCUGCCCCUGGGCUUGGAAGCUGCAGCUAGAGCAGCUUUGUCAGACAAAGCCCCAAGCAACGUGGGUUGAGGACAGUUAGCAGAGUGCCUGGCCCUCCCGAUUCCCAGCUGACCCCUAGCAUUGCCAGAGGGGCCUCGCUGGCCACUGAAACUAAUUAAAUGCUGUCACAUCGUACCUGGAUGGUGGACCUUCUCGGUGGUGGCACCCACCCCUUGGAAAAUCCUUCCCCAAGUCGUUCAGGGGGCAGAAAUCACAGCAUGUUCCAAACACCACGCAAAAGCAUAUUAGUUCACCCUGUCUUUGCCUGGCUCAUGGUUCAACUAAACAUGCCAGUCCAUCUUUCAUCAAUUGCUUUUUACUAUUCUGUAAUUGCAAUUCUUUUUACUGUGCAUUUUAAAUUUGAUAUUAGAAUUGAUAUGUAAACUGCUUAGGGAUCUCAUUUUAUUAAGCUGUAUAGAAGCACUGCAAAUGAAUACAUGUGAUAUUGAUCUAAAAGAAUACUAUAAGCUUUCUUCUUUUCUGGUUAAGUUCCUAGUUCUGCUCAAGAAGCACUUUUAAAAUGUCACUAGGGAUUAACGAGUGAGCUUGGCUGCAGACAUCAAUGGAGAAAUCAAAGCGUAGCAUGUAUCUGUGUUUGGGGUGAAAUGUGCCUACCCUUUCCAGACUGGGGAUGAUGGAACUUGUAGAUCAAUGUGUCUAGAGGCAAUAGAUUAGGUCUGAAUUCUUUCUUUUGUUGUUUUUAAGCUAUCAACACAAUCUUAUGGCAGUGAAUUUCUAGAGGAGGAUAAAACAACCAAUUUCUCUCCUUAAAUAUAAUGUUUUUGCUGCUGCUGCUGUUUUUAAUUAAAGGGUGCCAGGCACGAAAUAUUUUGAGAAGACAGCAUGUCGUUAUUUUCUUAAAGGAGAGACAGAAUGAAGAUAUAACAAAAAACUGGUCACUGUGUGGCCAGCCAAAUGCUGCAGGGCUCCAGCUCCCAUCUUUCCUUCUCGUUGGCUGUGCUGGGUAAAGCUGAUGGGAACUGCAGCACCGCAACAGCUCGGGGGGUCUCAGGUCGCCUGCCCCGCACUAGCCAGCAGGGGCACGUUUGUUCAGGUCGGGUCAUUGGAGCCUCCGGCCCUGCGGAUGAGGAUCGCUUUGUGUGCUCCUUGUCGCCUUUCUGAUCCGUGGCUUCCCCCAUCUUCUCCCCCAACAGUGACCCACUGCCAGAGCAUGCAAGAUGGCCGACCAGAGCAACAUCCAGUCGGCGGCUUCCAAGAGCAUCCGCCCGUUCCGCUCCAGCGAGGAGUAUCUCUACGCCAUGAAGGAGGACCUGGCCGAGUGGCUCAACACGCUCUAUGACCUUGAGGUCCAGGUGGAGAACUUCAUGGACGCCCUGGAGACUGGUUACGACCUCUGCCAGCAUGCCAACAACGUCAACCGCACCGCCCUGGAGUUCCAGCAGUUGCACCCGGAGGCUGCCGCCUGCAUGAGGAUCCCGCAGAAGGAGGUGGUCUUCCAGGCCAAGAACGUGGUUCCCGGCUCCUUCGUUGCGCGGGACAACAUCUCCAAUUUCAUCCAGUGGUGCCGCCAGGAGCUGGGCAUCCAGGACGUCCUGAUGUUUGAGACCAAUGACCUGGUGCUGAAGAAGAAUGAGAAGAACUUUGUCCUCUGCCUCUUGGAGGUGGCCCGGAAGGGCUCCAAGUUUGGGAUGCUGGCCCCCAUGCUGAUCCAAAUGGAGGAGGAAAUCGAGGAGGAGAUGAGAGACCAGAAAGCCUACGGAGAGUUGGAGGCCGAGCGGGCUAGUCAAGAGCUCGGGCCCGCGUCUCCUGUUUACCCCAGCCGAUCACAGAGGAUAACUUUGUGCGACCUCAAAAACCUGGAUGAGCUGGUAAGGGAGAUCCUGGGCCACUGCACCUGCCCCUCCCAGUUCCCCAUGGUCAAAGUCUCAGAGGGCAAGUACAAAGUGGGAGACUCCAACGCGCUCAUCUUCGUCCGGGUGCUGAGGAGCCACGUGAUGGUGCGCGUCGGGGGCGGCUGGGACACGCUGGAGCACUACCUGGACAAGCACGACCCAUGCCGGUGCACCUCGCUCUCCCACCGCCUAACGCAGACGAGGGGACUUGGCUACUCCCCGCAGAAGAUGGCCAACUCGGGCAGCCCCCAGGCAGCCAGCCCCAGCACCCAGCGCCGGGCUGAGGCAUUGGCCCGGCACGAGCAUGCCGAGCCCCUCCGUGCGGGAGACAGGCGGCUCUUGGCAGCUGGCGACCCAGGCCACACGAAGGGAAACCGUCCCGGCCACCCCACCAAGGCAGACCCCACCCCUCCGAGGCAGAUUCCUGGCACCACGUCCAGUGGGAGGCUGGACGGUCUCUCUGCCAGGCCUGGUCCAACCGGCCAGAACUCUGCCGGCCCCUGGAGGGGACCCGCAGCCCAGGCGCACCGGGACACCUGUGAGUCACAUGGCACAAACGCGCUCAGGCCGCCCAGAGCCCGGCGUCUUUCUGGAGACAGCGACUCCUCGGCAUCCUCCGUGCACAGCGGCACCCCGGGAAGGUGGCGCAAUGAGGAGGGGAGCCCGGUGCUCCGGAAGGAGCCUGGGAGGCGGGUGCCCGACGGGGCGGCCCUGCAGCGCCUUGCCAGUCCGAGGAGGCAGCCGGCCAGCCGCAGCCAGUCCCGGGAUCGGGCGGGCCUGCCGAGGCCGCCUCCGGGGGCCCGGCGGGUUGAGUCAGAAGAGCGCGGGCGGCCCCGGAUGGCGAACGGGCACAGCAAGCCGCCCGCCCGGAGCCCACGCCCCAGGGCCCGCAGCCAGGGCAGGCCUCCCGGGGACCCCGUGCUGCUCAUCAGCCGCGGGAAGGACGGGCAGCACUCGUGGGCGCGAGCCGAGAAGCCCCGGGAGAGCGUGGGGGGCUCCGGAAGAUCCACGCCCAGGACCAAGAGCCCCGCCAGGGGCCACCUCACGCCGGUGGGCGCCCGGAGCCCAGCCCUCUCCUGCCGCAGGGGCUCUCUCCCUGCCCCGAAGGUGACGGAGCCGCUGGCCCGCACCCCUCCGCUCGCCCCGGCAUCCCCGAAGCCGCGGGCCCCGAGGGCCCUGGCCCCUCACGGGCCUCCGAGGCAGCCCCAGCCCAGGGAGAGCUGGCAGUCCCCGGAGAGCCUGGUGCAGGGGCUGGAGGAGCUGGCACGCUCCUUCCGGACACCGCUGCACCUCGAUCCAAGCCAGGAGCAGCAGCUCUUCCGGCGGCUGGAGGAGGAGUUCCUGGCCAACUCGCAGAUGAUGGGGGCGGAGGAGGAGGAGGAGGAGGAAGAGCGGGGCCCGGUGGAGCCGCUGGGCAGGCCCUGCGACGGCGCCCGGCUGCUGCAGACGACGCCGGAUCAGGGGGCUGCCGACUCGGCCUACUGCUCCUCCAGCUCGUCGUCCUCGUCCCUCAGCUUCUUCAGCAAGUACAACCUCCAGCCGGAGCUGCAUGAGGAGGCCAAGCGAAGCGCCUCCUCCCACAGGCUCUGGGCUCCCGAGAUGGGCCCCGCGGCCCACGCCGACUGGCCCAACGGCUCUGCCGACACGCCCGACCUCUGGGACUCCCCCGGGCCCCACGAGCGGGCCGGGCGCUGGCGGAAGCCGGCCCUGUCCAGCUCCUCGGACGAGAGCAACUACUACGUGGGGCUGAACGACCUGCAGGAGGUCCAGGAGGGGGUGGAGGCCCCCGAGCCCCUGCUGGACAGUCCGUGGGCCUUGGUGGAACUGAUAGCCCCCGAGGGGCACCUGGGGCCUUUGCCCCAUGCGCUCACCCGGGACACUCCUGGGGAGCCAUUCGGCGGGUCCUCGGAAGCCGCCGAGACAGUGGUCCUCCGACCAAAGUCGUCCCUGAAGAAACCGGACCGUGUGCCUUCCAUGUACAAGCUCAAGCUGCGCCCCCGGAUCAGGCCCCGCACGGACUCCCAGCCGGACAAGGCGCCCUCCAGGAUCCCCACCCCACUCAGCUACAAGGCCGCGGGGGUCAGCAAGGCCCCGGCAGGGGGGGCGCUGCCCAAAGAGAGCCCCUCCCGGCGGCCCGCGGAGCACCGGCCCUGGGGACCCCUGCACAACGCCUUCUCGUUCGCGGAGCCGCCCCAGGGCCCGGCAGAGUCCGGGGCAGCUGACGGGGGCGCGUGGGCCUGA